AUGCGGAUGGUCAUAAGAGAAUGUGUAGCCUUUGACACGCUUUGCGAUUUUGUUUGUAUCGUCACUGGUUUCUACUCCUGUCCUUCGGCUCUGGGUCCGUCUCUGUCUGUCACUCUCUUUCUCUCUGUCUCUCUGUCUGUCUCUCUCUGUCUCUCUGUCUCUCUGUCUCUCUGUCUCUCUGUCUCUCUGUCUCUCUGUCUCUCUGUCUCUCUCUGUCUCUCUGUCUCUCUGUCUCUCUCUGUCUCUCUCUGUCUCUCUGUCUCUCUGUCUCUCUGUCUCCCUGUCUCCCUGUCUCUGUGUGUCUGUCUCUCUGUCUCUCUGUCUCUCUGUCUCUCUCUCUCUCUCUCUCUCUCUCUCUCUCUCUCUCUCUCUCUCUCUCUCUCUCUCUCUCUGUCUCUCUGUCUCUCUGUCUCUCUGUCUCUCUGUCUCUCUGUCUCUCUGUCUCUCUGUCUCUCUCUGUCUCUCUGUCUCUCUGUCUCUCUCUGUCUCUCUCUGUCUCUCUGUCUCUCUGUCUCUCUGUCUCUCUGUCUCUCUCUCUCUCUGUCUCUCUGUCUCUCUGUCUCUCUGUCUCUCUGUCUCUCUGUCUCUCUGUCUCUCUGUCUCUCUGUCUCUCUCUGUCUCUCUGUCUCUCUGUCUCUCUCUGUCUCUCUGUCUCUCUGUCUCUCUCUGUCUCUCUGUCUCUCUGUCUCUCUGUCUCUCUGUCUCUCUGUCUCUCUGUCUCUCUCUGUCUCUCUCUGUCUCUCUGUCUCUCUCUGUCUCUCUGUCUCUCUGUCUCUCUGUCUCUCUCUCUGUCUCUCUGUCUCUCUGUCUCUCUGUCUCCGAGCCACGCCAUGGCACGGGCUCGAGCCUGGCGCCGCACCGAAACUCUCGCCCCGCCCCAUCAUCAUGGAGACCAGUGCCUCUUCUUCCUUUGUUCCCUACGUCGAACGCAGUCUCAGCUCAUCGCCCGACUCGACUGAUGACCUUGGCCCUUCCCCUCGACCUCACGACGAGGAUGAGGCCAUCCUAAGCACAGAAUCCAACGCCAGUCCCGAAAUGAAUGAAGCGCGCCUCGUCCCCCGUCACCCCGAUGCAACUGCUGCCCGAUCUUUGGACCUGAAAACGACCCACCCUUCUGCCUCCACCAGCCGUCACACCAACUUGGCAUCGUCUACCCCCGGCGCUGCCCAGCCCCUCGCUGACAAAACCAACGAGCCUCAUCGCCGACAAAGUGCCUCGUCAUCUUCAAACCCGGCACAAAACGGGUCUGACACUGAUCACGUCACCUGCAAUGGCACCCCACGAGCCAAGCGCGCCAAAACUGCCCCAAUCACCGCGCCCUCCCCACAGAGGGUCGCCGAGCAAGAGAUUGAUCCCGAUGCUGGUGCCGUCAGUCAACCUACAAACAACCAGGCCAGCUCACAUCAAACUGCUUCACGCCCCACGGCCGACCGCACCCCCCUCUGCAGCCGUGCUGUCCCCUUGGAUCGCCGUCAUGCUUCCUUUGGCUCAAGUCACGGUACAGAUGAAACUACAGCCAAGCCCUCCUCACAGCACCAACACGUUACCGCUACCCCAACCGCUGCGCAGGACGCUCCCGUCGCGACGACCAGCGACUCCGUGGCCGUGGCUGUGACAGAGGUUCAAGACUCACGACUUGAUGACCGGGCCCGACUCUUGGCCAAGAUGGUGGCCAACAUUCAAGUCCCCGCCGUCACCCAAACGGCUCAACUCUCUGCUUCCCAGCAGCUGACACCAGAUUCAAAUGCCAUCAACCGCCAACCCCCCGCCGAGGGCAACAACAACGCCCCACACUUUACCCCGCGCCUCGUGGCCCCCGCGCCCGAAGCGGCCAACGAACCCCCCGUGCGCCACUGGAUCCAUGAUGCCGGUCGUGCCACCCUCAAUGGCGUCAACCAAACACAAAUCUUUACCGCCCUGCUCGGAGAAGAGCCCACAUUUCGUCCCCGUGGUGCCGUCGUUGGUGACAUGACUUCACACCAGCGUCGCAUCAUUAUCAGCUGGCUGUUUGAGCUUCAGGCAAGCCUUCGCCUCGAAAAUGAGACGAUUCAUAUCGCUAUCAACAUAUUCGACCGCAACCCCCUUGUCUGCUUGAGAGAAUGUGUGAUAUCCCCGCAACAGUGGCUUAACGACAUGACUCCAAAACCCCUCACAUCCAUCAGAUUUGCUUCGGAAAUUUACAUUGAGACCAACGAACUGCAACUGGUGGCUGCCGCUGCAUGUUGGACCGCCUCCAAGCUGGAAGAGCUAUCGGUACCAGCCAUGAGCGACUUCCUCAACGCGUGCGAGGACCAGUACAACCCUGAUCAAUUCCGCAUGGUCGAAAUCUCUCUCAUUGGCCAGUUUCCAGAUCUUCUGGCUCCCUUUGGCUUGACUUUUGUCAAAAUGUUUGCCAAUGUGCUGCGAAUGAGCCCCGUGGCUGAGGAAAUUGCCCAAUUCUAUUUCCACGUCGCUAUGCUGUCCCCCGAGUUUUCCUUCCGCUCCAGGGCCUCCGUGGCUGCGGCAGCCGUCUGUCUGGCCCUUGAUGCCCUUCGACCCAAUCAACGAGACGAGUAUUCCCAGAGCGAACUGAUCAACGCUGUGGGUACCUACGCUUCGCACUUUCGCAUUCCAGAGCGUUCGAUCCAGUAUACCGUGACGGAAAUUCGUGAGGAAUUGCGCAACAUGCACGGUGAUCAUCCGAUUGCGCGAAAACACCACCAAGCCUAUUUUCGUCUUUUGCGCCCAUGAGGCCACUCGCAAUGAUCCGAUCUUUUGACGGGGCUUACCCCCGACAGGCCUGAACUCAGCCAUGUGGACUACUGGGCUCCCCACCUGGGCGAGAUGCCCACCGUCUCUUCUCG